GCUACAUAUAAGGCUUGGAGUGGUGCAUGACGAACCUCAGCCUUUUAAUCAUAAUUCAAAUCACCUUCAACGAGUCUCUAUCAGAAUCUUCUUACGUGCAAACUGCUUGAAUUUUUUUAGUCAGUUUAUGGCUCUCAAGCCACUUUUCUGAGCCUUCUCAAGUGUGCAAUCACUAGACCUCAUGAUCGGUUCAUUUUGGAAUCUUUGCAGAGCCUGCCCCUCGAUGCCAGUAGAUAAGUUGCACUCCGAAUAUAGGAGUACUUACCGCUGGCACGAGUAUACAGGACCUAGGCAGGAAGUUGUGAGAAAGGCACCACAAACCAAUGCCGUUCCACCUUCAAGUGAUAUUAUGAACGAUGUUUGCCACACGUCGAAACCACGUGAAGAAAACACCAACAACGAUAUGCGAAUAGCGGAGCCAGCAAUGCCACGCAGAAAGAAAUAUCCAGAUAUAGCCUACAGACAUAACGAGUUUUUCACAUCUAAAAAUGAAAAUAAAGCAGAGCCCAGACUCAGGGAUCGCGAGUCAAGCCUUUUGAAGAAGGCAAUUUCUAAAAUAAGUACUGAAUAUCGAUUUCAGUUUGCAUGGCCCAAUGGACACGUAUCUAGAAGGGAUGCAGCCGGUUGCACUUCUGCCUCACCUAGGAAAUCAAAAUCGUUGGGUGCUCUGAAACCUUCAGCAAAUGCUAUAAUACAUAGGAAACGAAUAGAUAUUGGAAAUGCUAGUGAAUUAGAACCCUUGUUCGACGAGAAGAACAAUCGUGACGAAAAGCCCGAGGAAUUCAAUACUGAAUACAAGAAGAAAUUCCGACCUUUUUCAGAAUUGUACUCUGAGGGAAAAAUCACAGUGAAUAAAAAACCUAGUUCGAAUAAAGAUGAACCUGAUGGUUCUGGUUCGUCCUUUGUGAAUGGAGAUAAUAACGAUUCCUGGUAUAGGGAAGUCGUUGAAUUGAGGAAGAAGGCUGUGGAGUACAGGAGUCGUGGAUGGGGUAGCGACGUGACCAAUGACAAGUUCAAUGACAUAUACCAUAAACAGAUCGAAUUAUGGGAUCAAGUAUCCAGAAGAAGUUCCUUAUCAGCAUUAUCCCUUGCCUCUGUGCCACAUAAGAAUUUCACGAAGAGGGAAAAAGACGAAGACAAUAAUAAAAGAAGCUCACCGACAAAGGCCGAAAGGAAUGCGGAAAAUUCGGCAAGACUCAUUCGGGAUAUUGUUAGGCACCAUUUGGAAAGGACAACCGGGGGAUCUGAAUUGGAUGGGUUAAUUCUUUCACCCACCAGGGAGAAACUGGAACCGACAAUUCCGAGAAAGGAUGACGACUCCAGAGGAUCCAACAAAAACAGUCCAAAGAAAAUUUCACCUAUGAAAUCUUCGUCGCUGAAGCGCAGUCAUCAAAGAACAGCUAAAAGCCCUAGAAACGUGCGUUCUCAAUCAGUAGGUCCCACUACUACUGAGCCAGCAGGAGAAAAAAAGUCACCAAAGAGACAGUCGAGGUCUGCCACAGUGAAAGAGAGGAAGCCCACAACCAAUGGACAUUCGGCCAGCAGAAAACAAAGACCUUCGUCCUUGAACACCACAGCCUCAUCCCGAUCUAAAUCUAGUUCGGUUACAUCAAAAAAUGAAGACGAUACAUUGGCCAAAGCAAAUACAAAAAAUUCAUUAGAAUCAUCUAAGUCUAAAGUAUGCACUAAAGACGUAAGAAAAGGAGUUUCUGGAGCUGAUGCAGGGAAGUCCGAGCCAGCAAACGAGGAAGAAAAAGAGGAUGUACCAGCUGUAGAUAAGGAAGAACAGAUUUACAAUGCUGAGCCUGUUGUUAAAUCUCCACCAGAACCUACUCGUGUUAAAUCUCCCGAACAAAUCCUGAUGAAGUCCCCAGAUCCCGUCAAUUGGACCGUUCCAUUAGAUACAGGGAAAACAUUUACUGUUACACAGAAUAUUAGAGAAGAUGAUCUCGGAAGUCGUCCACAUAGCGAGGUGAAAGCGUGGACCCCUUCAGAAAUACCACCCCCAGUUGCCCAAUCAGCUCCACCAUCCCUAGUUGAUAUCGAAAGAGGUCACGAACUAUCCUAAGUGGGUCGUUUUAUGCUUUCCUUAUAAAAGUUUGGUUUUAUUGCUUCAAAUAUGGAUUAGUCGGGGGUCUUCGAUCUCGAGGACAGAGCAGGGAGAUCGCUAUAAAGCUGGGAUCCACCUGCUAUCGGUAGUUUAGUUAGCUUUCAUCACUCAAGUGAAGAAAGCACACAAGGACUUGAUAUAAAAUUUUAGUAGAUAGAUGUCGCCCCAUGUGAGUGGUAAAAAAGAGGCUUCGUCUCAUUCAUAACAAGGAGAAUAAUUGGUGUAUUAAUAAUAAUCUAGGAAUCAUUCGAGCCCCUGUUUUUCGGUGAUAAUUUCGUAAAAAAAAUUGAUUGAAUGAAUCUGUUAUUAUCUAGAUUUGAGUAUGGAAUUCUCCUCCUAUACUUAAAGGACCUCUAGUUCCAGUCUCGACUUUCUGUCCAUUGGGAUUAUAAGAAAAUGUCCAUACUCAGUUCAUUUAUACAAGGUGCUAAUCUCUUGUAGGGUAUCAUCCAAAGAGAAACCCCAGGGUCAUAACAAGCUCCGGAACAUAUAUAAGUAGGUAUAUACAUACUCAUCAUUUGUUUAUUUAGCGCGAAUACGUACCCAAUGCUAUGAAGCUAGUUAAUCUUAGUCUUGCUAGAAAUGUCCAACAUUUUCAGACUGAUUAGAAGGAAGAAAUUAAUCAUACCGAGACAGGGUCAUGAAUGUUUUCCUAAAUUUCGAUAUACUAAAUCGCACCUGUCUUAAAAUUUUACCUUCCGGAACUUGCUACGGCCCUACAUUCCACGAACGAAUGAUUUUUUUCACUCCUCAUAACGAUAUUCGUAAAGGUACUCGAUAAAGACGUUUGUAGAAUGAUAUUUUGAUAAUUCGAAAAUGAUUAAAUUUCUUGUUCGGUACGUCCCCUGUUGGAGUAUCAACUGAACAGAAAUUAUUUUAAUGAUAUUUGCGGUUUUAUUCGAAAUACCUAUGCUUAACUGAGAUCUUGUUAGCCCUUCAUAAAUUUGGGAAGUUGAUGAUUGUUUCGAAUCUUAUAGGUGAAUGUGUUUCAAUGCUGAAUUUUAUAUUUAUUUAGCGUACAUCGAACGCACCUGUAUAACUUACUCAAACAGGUACAUGGUUGGUAGAACCAGAAGAAGAACGAGAAGAAAAAUGAUGACGAAUGUGAUAUGAUACUAUUUAAAAGUUUUGAGCUUUGGAAGUAACGCUUGCUUGCGUUGAAGUCUACCAAUUUUGUACCAACACACGGCAUAUUUAAAAGUUAUUCAUUAUUUUCUUUCGAGAGUAUAUUAUAUAUAUAUUAUACAAAUAUAUUAUAUAAAUAUAUAAAGUUUCUGUUAA